AACACCUCAACAUCAACACUUGGACCCUUGACUUGCUUCCUUCUCACACCUAACAAUCGCCGCGACAAUGGCUUUGCCUAGCACAAUCUCUGCCGCGAGAGCAAUGGCGGAGGGUCUGCCGACACAGCUCAUCCACGAGGGAGUCAAAGAGUACCCGAAGCCAGAGGCAGUUAAGUUCACCUACGGUACAGCUGGUGUGAGGACAAAAGGAGCCAUCCUGGAGAGCGUUUGCUACCGCAUCGCCCUCAUCAGCGCGUUGCGCAGCAAGAAGCUCGGCGGAAAGACGGUCGGCCUCAUGGUCACAGCCAGCCACAACCCCGAAGAGGACAAUGGCUUGAAGGCAGUCGACGCUCGGGGCGAGAUGCUCGAAUCGUCAUGGGAAAGCCACUGCACAGCUGCCGUCAAUGCCACCAACGCCGACGAGCUCAUUGCAGCCCUUGAGACCCUCAUCUCAACGGCCAAGAUUAACCUCUCCACCCCAGCCAGCGUAGUCUAUGGCCAUGAUACUCGCCCUACAUGCCCUGCACUCUGCAAAGCUUUGGCCUCCGGCCUCGCUGCCAUGGGAGCAAACAUCAUUGAUGCUGGGCUCAAGACCACUCCUCAAUUGCACUACCUCGUCAAGGCACUCAACACCAAGGGAACGCCUGAUGCGUAUGGCGAGCCUACGGAAGAGGGCUACUAUGCUAAGCUGAGCGCAGCCUACAUCUCAUUGGUCUCAAAAUUCCCACCCACCUCCAGCCCUCUGAUCGUCGACUGCGCCAAUGGCGUAGGCGCAGCAGCUCUCAUUGGUCUUAAGAAGCACAUCGGCGAACAGUACCUUCUCAUCAAAGCGCAACGCACCGACACAAAAACGCCCGGUGCCCUCAACAGCGGCUGUGGAGCAGACUACGUCAAGACGAACCAGCGUCUCCCCUCCGGCUACGAGAAGGAGUCGUCCCUUGCUCCGGGAGAGCGCAUGUGCUCCUUCGACGGGGACGCCGACAGAAUCGUCUUCUACUACUUGCGUGGCCCCGCUUCCCAGCCGGACAGCUUCCGUCUGCUCGACGGAGACAAAAUUGCCAGCCUCGCAGCAGACUACAUCGUUGAGUUGGUCAAGAAGGCUGGCGUUGAGCUCGAGGUCGGUUGCGUGCAGACAGCCUAUGCAAACGGGUCGUCGACCAAGUAUCUUCAGCAGCGCGUGCCUGUCACUUGCACACCCACGGGCGUGAAGCACCUGCAUGCCGCAGCAGAGCGAUACGAUGUUGGCGUCUACUUCGAGGCCAACGGGCACGGCACCGUCCUCUUCUCGGAGUCGGCGCAGCGCACCAUCAAGGAGGCCGAGCCCUCGAGCCCUGCAGCGGAGGACGCCCUCUCUCAGCUCUCAGCUCUCGUCGAGCUCAUCAAUCAGACGGUAGGAGAUGCGAUUAGUGACAUGCUCCUGGUCGAGGUCAUCCUGCGCUCUAGACAAUGGGGCGCAGAGGACUGGGAUGGGGCCUACGAGGAUCUUCCUAACAAGCUGCUGAAGGUCACCGUGAAGGACCGCUUUGCCUUCAAGACGGAGGAUGCUGAGCGUAAGCUUAUUAGUCCUGUGGGACUGCAGGCGAAGAUCGAUAAUGAGGUGGCCAAGUACAAGGGAGCGAGGAGCUUUGUGCGGGCGAGUGGGACGGAGGAUGCCGUGCGAGUGUACGCCGAAUGCGCUCUUGCGCCAGAGCUCGACAAGCUGGCGACUGCGGUUGCAAGACUGGUGCAGGAGACGGAUGUUUGAGGGGUGAAGGAGAAUCAAUGGCAGUAAAUUCGAGUACUCGAUACGAUAGAGGUUGGACUGGCGGCGGAAAUGAAGGUACCAGGUGCUGCUCAAUCACAAACAUUGCUGUUUGCUCAUGAA